AUGGUUCAACAUAGAUACAGUAUCAUUAAUGGAAACAUCUCUUGGGAAUGGGGAGGCGAUACACCGGUUCAUCAAACAGAGGUUGCGGAACAGUGGGAUGAUUGCAGAAAGUUGUUACAGAAUGUCGAAAUAAAUAACAAAUUAGAUAGGUGGCUAUGGAAACAAGAAGAUGACCGAGAAGAAUUCAGCGUAUGUAAUCUAAGAUCAGAACUGGACGGGAUGAGAAUGAUACCAGAAACACAGGUUCUCAAGUGGCUUUGCUGGAUACCAAAGAAAAUAAACUGCUUUAUUUGGAGAGCGGUGCUCGAUCGGAUUCCUACGAGAGACGCGUUAGCAAUCAGGAAUAUACAAUUACCUUCGGUCUUAUGUGUGUUAUGUAACAUAUGCAAUGAAUCGGUUGAUCAUCUAUUGAUUUCCUGUCAAUAUGCUCAGCUGGUUUGGACGGCAAUCUCGUUAUGGGUCAAAAUUCCUAUUCCGAGAUAUAUGCUCAGCUUGGUGGGAUUAAUGGAACACAUUCAAUCACAUUGUUCAUUACAAGAUAAAAAGAAGGCGGUUUAUGUGAUUAUUGCGGCGACAUGUUGGACAUUAUGGCGUGUUAGAAACAACGUAUUUUUCAACGGAAAAACAACGAAUGUUUCAAGGGCAGUCGGGGACAUCAAGGCACUCUCGUUUCUAUGGGUAAAAUCAAGGGCUGGAAAAAAGGAGCUAAGUUGGAAAGAAUGGGGAGAGUUUAGUUGUUUCAAAGGAAUUUGA